AUGGAGUUGAAUCUUUCUUUUCUUACUGGUUUGGGGUGUGGAAUUUGCAUUGGACUUUCAUUAUUUGCUCUUAGAAAAUAUUUGGGCCUCGUCUCGGAUACUGCUACAUCUGUGAAAAAGUUCGUAUCUGAUUCAGAAUACAAGCUUGUAUUGGUUGUAAGAACUGACUUAAACAUGGGCAAAGGCAAAAUUGCUGCGCAAUGUAGCCAUGCAGCUGUAGGUGCAUUUGAAAAAGCACAAAGGAAAGAUCCAGAAGCUCUUAAAACUUGGCAGAGCACGGGUCAAGCAAAAAUUGCACUUAAAACUGAUUCUGUAGAUGAAAUUAAACGAAUUGCUGAAAAUGCCAAAAAGAUGGGACUGAUCACAUCCCUCAUCAGGGAUGCAGGAAGAACGCAAAUUGCACCAAACUCAAUCACAGUUCUGGGAGUUGGACCAGCUCCCAAGGAUAUUGUUGAUAAAGUGACUGGACAUUUAAAAUUGUUAUGA